UUCCCGGCAUGUGGUUCUGGUGAUUUCGCCGUCCUCCUUACAAAGCGAGUGGAGCAAGUUUGAGAUGGUGAUGGCCGUGGACGAUUCCCAUAUCCGGAACCGUGUUUGUCUAGUUCCGGUCCUGCUCGGCGGGGUCAAGCUUGCUAAGUCUUCCGCCUCCUCUCACUUAUUAACUGUGAGACUCAGUGAAAAUUUCGAGAAUAUUCAUGAUAUAAUCCAGGCCAUUAAAAAUUCAGACUACACAUGGGAGUCCCUACUACCUGUGGGAAAUCUGGCGCAUGGUUUUGCCUGGGGAUAUUAUUUUGGAUACCUUAAAAUCAUUUUACCGAAUUUAAACGCAAGAGCGAGAGAAUGGCGGAAUGAAAAUGGCAAGGACGGGAAAAUGAGCGAUAAAUUGUUUUUGCUAUUUCCACGAAGCUGCCGAUGUGGUGAUUCCCUAUCUGACGAAUAUCCACUUAUCGAACACGUGGGUCAUCUUCCUGUUAUUACUAAAAAUAGAGCUGGGACUGUAGCUCGCCAGUAUAGGAAUAGCAUAUACAGUGUAAAAGACGAUAAAGGUGUUGAAUAUUACUUCGUUGGUGAAUAUGUUACGGUUAUUCAUACUAUGUAUGAAAUGGAGCAAAAUGCUAAGACAGGCCUACAGACGGGAGAAAAGUACAUACAAGCCAUGAGGUUCUACCUAGCAAUAAAAGAUAUUCUAGAUAAGGAUCCUGAGUGCUCGAAAAACUAUAAAAUUAUAUUUUACGAUGAUAAAAGCAACAGCUCUGAGAAGAUACCACAGUUGAUAUGCAGGGAGAUAAAGAAACAGAUAAAAGAAGGAUCACCAAAUGACCGACUUACCGAGACCUCUUUUGACAGCCUCGAGCGGUUUCCCUCUAUAUGUGGACCCGAUUUCAGUCUUUAUUCCGUAGGAAAUUUAAUCAGUUCACAUAUGUCUAAGAAUGAACCUUACAUUCACAGAGAUGAGAAAGGUCAAUUGAAGACAGUAGAGCGAGGAAACCAACUUACAAAUGUGUUCAAUGAACCGACAUGAUAUUGGGCCAAGAACCGAAAGUUUUUGCAUGUUUUUGGUUCCAACGGUUAUAGUACUGUUAAGACGGAUGGGAUUUUGUGUUAAAGUUUGACUUGGUUAUUGAUUGCCGUUGUCAUCGGAUAGAGAAGGGGACUCUUGCAAAGGAGAGUGCAUGUACGCUUUAUUGUAAACAUUAACUCAUAUACAGUGAGUUAAUUGUUCUUUAGGGGUGUAUUUGAAUACGAGUGUAUAAUGUGUAUCCUCUGUACGUGUUAUGAGGAGUAACAGAUGUGUAUACUAGUGUCUGCUUCCAGUGGAAUCCAUUCUACUCGUGACAUACAGAUUUAAAAAUUUUACAAUCUGUUUGUAGGAUAAAGAAAUA